AUGCCCAAGAAAGAUCGUUCGAGAAUUGAUCGUCCCUCUGGCUCCGAGCAAACCUGUCUCUUCUGCAAUUCGUCAGAGGAUGACGAGCUGAAGUAUGGAAAGAUUCACCAUUACAAUGGUAUCACCACGCACUACUACUGUCUCCUGCUGUCAUCGAAUAUGCAGCAGAAGGGGGACGACGACGAGGGCAUUCUCGGAUUUUUAACUGUAGAUAUUCUAAACGAAUUGAAAAGAGGAAAAAGACUGUCUUGUUCGUACUGCAAGAAGACUGGUGCGACCCUGGGAUGUUGUAACACGAAAUGUAAAAAGAUAUUUCAUCUCCCGUGUGGCUUGAAAUCAGGUUCACUGCACCAGUUCUUCGGUGAAUUUCGUUCCUACUGCGUGAGUCAUCGACCAAAGCAGAAGAUUGAUGAAGUCAUAAAAUCUCAAAUAUCGGAGCAAUUGCUGUGUUACAUCUGCUAUGACAACGUCGACCGAAAUAAUUUAUUCGAGACCUUGUGGGCGCCCUGCUGCAAGAAAAAUGCCUGGUUCCAUCGAUUCUGUGUUCAGCAGCUUGCCAUGAGUGCUGGAUACUUCUUCAAGUGUCCACUCUGCAAUAAUAAGAAGGAAUUCCAGAAGGCCAUGCUCGAUAAUGGAAUAUUCAUUCCAUGUCAGGACGCCUCGUGGGAACUGGUCCCUAAUGCCUUUCAGGAAUUGUUGUACAGGCACAACAGAUGUGACGCUAGCCAGUGCAUCUGCUCCAAGGGCAGACGAUACACGAGCUCAAACCCCAAAUGGGAGUUGAUUCUCUGUCGUACGUGUGGCUCCCAGGGUAUUCACGUGGCUUGUGGCAGUUUGAAAUGGGGAAACGCUACGUGGGACUGUCGAGAGUGUACCUCGAUACUCACGAAGACCAUUCAGGAAGAUUCGGAGGAAACGAGAUUGUCGGAACUUUCAACUUCGUCACGGAAUCCAUCGACGAAAGGUAACUCUUGUAAUUCCAACAGCGAUGGCUCGGAGUCUGAUAUAUCUGUUGGUAUCGAGGAGCCUGUUUAUGGGCCAACGCCUUGGCCAGCGAAUACUGCCAACCCACCUCAGCCUGCCCUACGUCCUGGGCCCAGAUCAUUCAAACUGAAGCAACGGGAAAAGCUAAGGACAGUCUGCAAUGGCAAUUCUGAGGGAACGAGUAGCGAAGCCUCCAGCCGACGUUCGGUGUCCUCGUCUUUUCAGGCUGAUCGAGUGAGCCAAGGAACCUCCAGCACACCUUCGACAUCUCUCCCAACGCCUGGACCAAUCUCCAGCACAGGUCCUGGGACAUCCAAUUCACCUGAAGAGCUUGUCAUUCUGGAUAGCGAUGAUGAACCAUUAUCAGAGAGAUCAGCAGUUCCAGUUGCCAAUAUCACGCAAAACGUGCUGAUGACGAAUAAUGAAAUGAAUAUUCCUAUUCACAUGCCUUCUCCACUGCCAAACGGUCUGAGGAUACCUAAAGACGUGGAACCGUCAAACCCUCCAGCAAAUGUACCAGUUAUCGAAUCUACUUACACAGCUACAGGUAUGAUGACUGCCCAGUCUAUUCAGCACAUGGCGGUGGGACCAUCAAAUGAUCCAGUGAUCUUUGGAAACAUUCACAGGCCUAUUCAACUCCCACAAAUCCCAUCAGGCACUACCUUUAACCCUCAAUUUGUAUUUCCAUUGCAAGGACAAUUCUACUCAGCUACUCGCAUUCAUGCUCACCCUGAUCACAUUCCUGAGACUCCUGUGAUGAAUAUCCAAAUCACGAAUGUCACUUCACUCCCCCCCGAGGAGUUUGGCGAACCUGAAGUCCAGAAUGGGCCAGUUUCAUCAACAUUGAAGACAAUUCCAGAGCUGGUUGACGUGGAGUCUGACGAUGAAGAAAUCAACUAUCAUCUCUCGAUGAUUCAGCAGUUGAGGCAAAAGAGUUCCAAAAGAAAUCUGGGAAAUCUUGAGAAUCAGCUGGUGAAUCGUGAAAAAAGACCAGUAGCGCUAGCACCAGUGCAAAAUGGAGUCAACUAUGACAGUCCACUGCAGGCCAGCGUGGUGUCAACAGAUCGAAAGAGACUCAGGACAGACUGUCCCCCUGAGGUUCCUCAUGGACCUGCUGAUGAACUACCAGAUGCAUCUGAUAAUCCGUAUGUUCGUGGGGUAUGCUUAGAAAAUGCUGCCAUCGUCAAAGUCCUGGGGAAGGAGUUCGUCCUCCCACUUCCGGAGGAGCCCAGCGUCAAAGUGAACAGCACUUGGCAGCCUGAGUACGACGGGGAUGCAGGCACCAAACCUGCUGACGAUAAACCAGAGUCAAUCACCCCGUGUAGAAGGGGUCGGGACCAUUCCAUGGAGGAUCCAGUCGGAGGGACAGGCUGUGAAAGCUGUUGCGUAUCAACUUCAGCCAAUGGUGAUGCCAUCGCAGAAUACGAUGCAGUAUCAGCCAGCACAAGGACCAGUAUUAGAACCACCUCAGAUCAUUCAAAUCGACUGAAAUCCUUUAAUUCCAUAUCAUUGAAGGAUUUGAAAUUCCGUGUUUGCGGGAAAAAUACUGUAAAGAUGACGGUCAAUGAUGUAAUGACAAUGAACUUGAAUCUUGACAUAGGGCACAGGCGCAGGCCAGGGCCCAAAUCUGUCGUUGAACGCCGGCGGCGUCUUGGAUCUUCGCUGGUACGUGGAUCCUCCUCGAUUUAUUAUGACAGCCGAAUCAAAUUCGAAAUGAAUGGUGUAAAAGGUCCGACGAAAGAGACAACUUCAGUCAUGAACAUAUCUAAUUUUUUAAAAUCCCCCGAGCGUCGAAAAGCAAACGCUCUCAAGGAGAAUAUGGCACCAACGUCGACUAAGAAGGACCUGGCCAACUAUUCGCCGACGUCUGAGAGGAGGGUCAAACGUCCACGCCUUGAUAGAGACGUUUCCAUGCAGUACAAUGGACAACAAAGAGAGGGGAAGUUUUUCUCGAAGCUUGUGAACGACAACAAUAACGCAGGGACUAGCAGAGAUGGCCUCAAAGAGCUCUCCCACUCCCUAAUUAAUCAGACGAGUGAAUCCGUCAGUAAGCGACCAUCGAGACCAUUGAGAAUCAAUCCAUUAUUCGUUGAAGAUGAAGAGAGAUUACCUGUUAGCAUAGAAUUGAGCAGAAUUCGGCCCCUGCUGCUGUCAAGCCCAUCACUGUUCGGAGAGAAUGAGAGACCAUUGCCACGAGAUUUCGUGAAAUUUCAUAGCAUAAGUGACUUGAGAUCUCAUUCAUCUACCGAGAAUCAUUUUAAGGGAAUACGCAGGAGAAGCAGAAGUUUGAGCAGUCUGUCCCGUGGUUCAGAAUUUUUUGAUAUUAAUGUUAAUGAUAGUCGAAUCAUUCUCCAAAGACGAGGGAAGAAAAGAAAGACUCGGUCUAUUGAGAAGCACAAUUGUAUGAGAUAAUUUUAUCAGGGCAUCGAUCAAAUUUUGAUUCAUUUCACCUAUUCAGUUUGAAUUUGUAAUUGAAAAUAAAAAUGUCGUAUAUUUACGCAGCUAAACACAUAUGUCGCUCGUGUAUUGGCCAAAGUUGCAAUGGUUAUGCUAUAUAUUUUGUCAACAUGAUGGCUAACUUGAUCGAUUGAACAUUUAUGAUCACAAUAAAGUAUUUUAUUUAUA